CGCCCCUCCCCGCGUCCCGGGCCAAUUGGCGGUGUGCAUAUGGGGGGUGGCUGGUGGCCUGGGCGGGGCGCCAGGACUAGACGGAGCGCACAGAGCCGUGUUCCCACACUGCGCCUUGGGACCCAGACUCCCGUAUCCUCCACCGAAUCCCCAGACUGCGAAUCCCCGACCCACAUCCGCGCCCCCGGACUCCAGGUUCUCGGAUCGCUGUCCGUGCCCCCAAACUCCGAACCCCAGAUUCUCAUCGCGCUCCCGGACCCCAGACGACCGGAUCCCCGACCGCGCCCCCAGACUCGGAACUGUGGCCCCCAUCCGCUCCUGGCAAUGCGCCGUCUCAGGCUCUGGCUGCUGGGCGCGCUGUGGCUGCAGGUGGUCACCUCCAGUGCCCCCCUGCCCCACGUGGAGCAGUACGAGGUGGUGUGGCCCCAGCGCCUGCCAGGACCCCGUACCCGCCGAGCCCUGCCCUCUCACUUGGGCCUGUACCCAGAGAGUGUGAGUUAUGUCCUGGAGGCCCAAGGGCACACCUUCACCCUGCACCUGCGAAAGAACAGGGACCUGGUGGGCUCGGGCUACACAGAGACCUACACGGCCGCUAAUGGCUCUCAGGUGACAGAGCAGCUGCAGAGUCAGGACCACUGCUUCUACCAGGGCCAUGUGGCAGGCCACCCGCAGUCUACCGCCAGCCUCAGCACCUGUGACGGCCUCAGGGGCUUCUUCCGGGCGGGCGCGGCCAUCCGCCUGAUUGAGCCCCUGGACGGAGGCAGUGAGCGGGGGCAGCACGCGCUCUACGAGGCACAGCACCUGCGGCAGAAGGCGUGGACCUGCGGGGUCAGCAACACCAGCCUGGAGAGCAUCCUGGGCCCCCGGACCUCAGCAGCCUUCAGGCCCCGGAACUUGCCGCUGUCCCAGGAGACCCGCUACGUGGAGCUGUAUGUGGUCACCGACAGCAGAUUGUUCCAGCAGCUGCGGAGCAGAGAGGCAGUGCGCAAGCGGGUGCUGGAGGUGGUGAACCACGUGGACAAGCUUUAUCAGGAACUCAAGUUCCGCGUGGUCCUAGUGGGCCUGGACAUCUGGAACCGGGAGGACAAGAUCCACAUCAGCUCCGAGGCCAGUGUCACACUGCACAACUUACUGGCCUGGCGGGCGCAGCACCUGGUGGGACGACACCCUCACGAUAACGUGCAGCUCAUCACCGGGGUUGACUUCACCGGGAAUACCGUGGGACUCGCCGGGAUAUCCACCAUGUGCUCCGGAGACUCGGGGGCUGUGAACCAGGACCACAGCCCCAACCCCGUUGGCGUGGCAUGUACCAUGGCCCACGAGAUGGGCCACAACCUGGGCAUGGACCAUGACGACAAAGACGUCCAGGGCUGCUACUGCCCCAUGUCUCGUGAUAGCGGUGGCUGCAUCAUGGCGGCCACAUUUGGCUCUGUAUUCCCCAGGAGGUUCAGUCAUUGCAGCCGGGCCAACCUUGAGACGUUUGUGGAAAAGCCCUAUAUAACCUGCCUGGCGAAUGCCCCAGACCUCGACCGCCUGGUGGGCGGCCCCGUGUGUGGAAAUGGCUUUGUGGAGCGCGGGGAGCAGUGUGACUGCGGCCAGCCCCAGGACUGUCAGAACCACUGCUGCAACGCUACCACCUGCCGGCUGGUGGAGGGGGCCGAGUGUGCCCAUGGCACCUGUUGUCAUGAAUGCAGGGUGAAGCCGGCUGGCACGCUGUGCCGUGCCGCCAAGAGUGUGUGUGACCUGGAGGACUACUGUGAUGGCCGGCAGCCCGCGUGCCCAGAGGACGCCUUCCAGGAGAAUGGCACACCUUGCCUGGGGGGCUACUGCUACAACGGCGCCUGCCCUACGCUGGCCCAGAGAUGUCAGGAUUUGUGGGGACCAGGCACACGGGCUGCUGUGGAGACAUGCUAUAGCUACAGCCUCUCAUCAGACUGCAAGGGCCAGGUGCCCCUUGGCUCCCGCAGAGUCAACAGGUGUGGUGUCCUGUUCUGCGAGGGCGGGCAGAAGCCCCCAGAGCAACGCUCCUGCACCCUGACCUCCUUCUCAGCUACUUGCCAGGCUCUUGUCCUGAGUGGCGGUCCUGGGUACGAGCCAGUGCCCGAAGGCACCAGGUGCGGCGAGAAGAGGGUUUGCUGGAAAGGACUCUGCGAGGACUUCCAAGUUUACAGAGACGUGAACUGCUCCUCCAGGUGCAACGGGCAUGGGGUGUGCAACCACAAGAGGCAGUGCCACUGCCAACCGGGCUGGGCCCCACCCUACUGCACAGAGCUGGUGGCUGACAUACGUACAGCAUCCGAGAGCCUCCCGAUGGGCGUGCUGGUGCCUGUGUUGCUCUUGGGGGUGCUGGUGCUCGCCGUGGCAGGCGUGGUCAUCUACCGCAAGGCCAGGAGGCCCCCCUGGUGGAGGAACGUGGUCCCCAAGGCCGCCAUGGGACGCUCCAACCCCCUGUUCCAUGAGGGGAACAGUGUGCCAGCUACGGGCAGGACUCCAGCAUACACCGUGGGCCCCCCAGAGCCGGUCCCUACCAUGCAUGCCAUCCACCCCAGCCAGCCCCCCAGGUCCACAGCUGCCGCAGUGACCCCUAAACGGCCACCCCCUGCUCCUCCGGUCGCCAUGUCCAGCCCACCCUUCCCGGUUCCUAUGUACACCCAGCAGGCACCAGCCCAGCUCCGACCUGCUCCUCCCACCAAGCCCCUCCCAGAGCUGAAGCCCAGGCAGGUGGUCAAGCCAAGCUCUGCGCCUCCAAUACCACCGGUUAAGCCCAAGGCUGGAAUGGCCAACCCUGGACCCACUCAGGGAGCUGCUGGCCCAAAGGUUGCGCUGAAACCCCCCAUGCAGAGGACGUGAUGGGCCACUCACAGCGCCCUGGGGCACUGGCACACCUGCCUGGAAGUUGCCUGUCGUUCAGGUUGAAAGAGCCACGUGAGCCUCGCGCCAGCCAACACACACCUCUGCCCAGGCCCUUGGUGCCCCCUGACGGGCUGGGUCCACUGUGAGACGUCCUAGCUGAAGAGCCAGCUUCUCGCAGCCAAGGUCGCACUCAGCAUGGCAGGGUCACAGCCCGGCCUCCGGGCUCAGGGCUCCUGGGCUGGACCCUCUGUCGCUGUGCUGAGCCCUCACCCACAUUGACCACACUUAGCUCAGUGUGUCUGCAGUCGCCAGGCUGCGGGUGCGUGCUCAGCUCCUUGUGGCAUGUGUGUGCGUGUGUCCCGACGGCCGCUGGCCGCCCUCACCAUGUUGAGGCCAGGAUCUCACUCCACCAGCUCGCAGGCCUGCCGCACUCCUGGCUGCUGCACGCCCCGUCCAGGCAGGACGGCCCUGUGUGUGCCCCGCCCCCAGCGUCAGCUUGGCACAGGGCUGCAGCCGGUGGAUUGCAUCUAUAUCCAGACGGCAAGCCCCUCAAUUUUCGGAGCCUGUUUCCCUGCGAUUUAAGAAAGCAAGCUUGUUUUUACUAUUAAAUUAUUGAUCAAGUUC